AUGUUUCUUUCAUCUUCUCUGUUUUUUUCAGGUUCCUGCCAAUGCAAUCCUCUCGGGUCAUAUGGUACAAGCUGCGACCCCCACACUCGACAAUGUGUUUGUAAACCGGGUGUUGGUGGUCUCAGAUGUGACCGAUGUAAACCUGGUAACUGGGGACUGCGUGCUAUUAAUAAAGGCAACAUUGGCUGUAUACCAUGCGACUGUAAUAUGUAUGGUUCUUCACGAGAUGACUGUGAACAGAACAGUGGACGUUGUAAGUGCAAGACUGGUAUUACGGGAAUGAAAUGCAACAGGUGCUCCGAUAACAGACUAAUUGGUCCACGUGGAUGUGAAGACAGACCGUCUUCAUGCCAAUACUUGGAUUGUAAGUUUGGAGCUGUAUGCAAAAGAGUUCAUAACCAAUACCAAUGCGUAUGUGACAUCAACUGCUCUGGUCAUCCGGACCUCGUCUGUGGUUCUGAUGGGCAAACUUAUGGAUCUGAAUGUCAACUUAAACAAUUCUCCUGUCGUCUUCAAAAGCAAAUUGAUCUUAUACAUCGAGGAGUUUGCAGUUUUACAACAUCUUCCCGAAUGACGACUCCUCUUCCUCCGACGACAAGAUCUAGAAAAACCACGAGGCACAUCACUCAUGUCAGCAAUGAAGUGACAAAAUUCAUCCUAACCAAAGCAACAGAAAAACCACCAGAAGAUAAAAUAGUGGGAAGGAUAGAAGACUUGUGCCCAGGAGAAAAUUUGUGUGACGUUCCCAACAGUCAUUGUGAACUAGGAAUCUGUGUAUGCAAUACUGGAUAUAUCCCGACUAUGGACAAGAAAAACUGCUUAGAAGUUGUGUCAGUACGUCCGGCUGUACCUCACACCAAUACAACAUGUGCACUGAAUCCCUGCCAAAAUGGAGGAACAUGUUUGAUGGAUGAAACUUUGGGUUACCGAUGCCUGUGUCCUCUGGGAACUGGUGGCUCAAUCUGCAAAGACAUUGUUUCAUUUGACAUCCCAUCGUUCUCAGGGACAUCUUAUCUAAGAAUGCCGCUUAUAAGAAAUGCAACAUCAGACAUGAAAAUAGAGGUAGAAUUCAAAAGUCUAAACAAAGAUGGCAUCAUUCUCUUUAAUAGUCAAGAAGAAGACGGAUCUGGGGACUUUGUGUCUCUGACAUUGAACCAAGGCUAUGUAGAACUCAGAUACGACUUGGGUAGUGGUCUUGCAGUUAUUCGCAGUGCCAAACCAAUAAAGCUGAACAAAUACCAUCGAAUCAUAGCUUAUCGCACAGGACAAGAUGGUGUUCUACAAGUGGAUAGUCAUAGUCAUACGUCAAGAAGCAGCAGCCCAGGAGGCCUGACCUCACUCAACCUUGCCUCACCUCUCUAUGUAGGACAUAUCCAGAACUUCACAGCUUUAAUAAAAAGUCGAAUUGAAGUUGAGGUUGGCUUGGUGGGGUGCGUUCGUGAACUGAUGGCUGGUGGAAAGAAAAACCCGUAUAACUAUCGGCUGAUGUACCCCGAUGAACAAGGCGAUAUCAUAGAUGGAGUUGAUGUUGCCGAAUGUGGCAACAAUCCAUGCAGUGCAAUGCCAUGUAAAAAUGGUGGGAACUGCCUCAUGCUUGACUCUGUCAUGGUUCAGUGUAUUUGCCAAGAAGGCUUCAUCGGCAAGUAUUGUGAGAAUGAAGACAUGUGUGUAAACAACCCAUGUCAAGGUGGAGGAACUUGUUCAUCCACUGAUGUUGGAACCUAUGUGUGUACCUGCCCUGAAGAUAGAAUGGGACGCCACUGUGAAAAAGAAAACAGCUGGAAAAAUCCAUUUUGGUGGAUAAACGAUGGCACCAGUGAACUGUUACAGCCUUUGAAUGUUCCUGAAUUCAAUGGCACUGCAUUUGUAAAACUGCCACUCAAUGCUGUUGAGAUGAUUGAGAACAUGAUGAUAGCCGUUUGGUUCAAAGCUGUUAAGCCUGAUGGAAUGUUAUUCUGUGCGAGUCAGUACAAGGGUGGAGAAGGAGAUUUCAUUGCACUCAAUUUAGACAACCGUGUAUUGGAGUUUUCCUUUAAUCUUGGCGGAGGAACAACAAAGAUAAGGAGUAGUCAUCGUAUUACCUUGGAUGUUUGGAACAGUGUUGUUAUUGAAAGAAACCAACGAUCCGUGGAAAUGGUUGUAAACAAUGAAAAGUCAGCUUCUGGAAAAUCAGAUGGUGUUGUCACUAAGCUGAAUUUAUCAGACAGAAUUUUGAUUGGAGGCUUCAGGGUCAUCUUUGAUGUUCCUUCAGAAGCCAAUAUAAAAGUUGGUUUUACUGGAGCUAUACAACGGGUGUAUUUGAAUAACAAAAUAUUUGACAACAUGAUUGCUGACAGCGUUGAUUCCCAAGGUGUUACUCGCUACAAUGGCCCGCCUUGCAAAGACAACCCCUGUAUGAAUGGAGGCAUAUGUGUACCAAAACUGAACAUUGCUGAAUGCCAUUGCCACAAGCAGUUCACAGGACACAGAUGCCAAGAAGCAAUGGACUCCAAAAUGCACAUAAAGUUUGAAGGGGAUACAUUCCUUGAAUAUCUUAAUGGAAUAGAUCACAAAAAAACUUCUCAGCAAAUGAACAAAUUCCGUCUGCGUUUCAAGACCAAAAAGAAGAAUGGCUUGUUGUUUAUUAUGAGUAACGGAGAUACAGUACGACAGGAUUAUCUAGCAGUAGCCAUUGCACGAGGCAAAGUCCAACUCAGCUAUAAUCUGGGAGCACAAACAGAAGAUAACAUACACAUCAUACGAUCACCAUUAAAAAUAAACAACAACAAAUGGCAUAUAGUGGAGAUUGAAAGGAACCAGAUAGAUGGUCAGAUAAAAAUAGAAAAUGCAAAUCCUGUCAUUGGAGCAUCGGACAAUAGUGCCAACAAACUAGACUCAGAUGGAGAACUAUGGAUAGGAGGAAAGAAAAGUCUUCCCAGAGGCCUUCCAAAGGAGUAUUACGAUGGUUUUGAUGGCUGCAUAGAUUUUUUUGAAAUUGAUGGCCAACGUCUAAACUUGGAAACUGACAGAAAAGGCGACAGCAGUCCAAUUCGAUAUUGCCGCUAA